GCGCGCGCGUUUUACGCAUGGCGAUAGGCGUGGGCGGAUGAUCCUGCAUAUUAAACAUGCUUACAGAAGGUUCCUGAUGAUUGCAGUUCUAUCUAGUGUUUCAUCCGCUGGAUUCCGAGGAUGGUGACAAAUGUGGAAAGAUGUAUAAAAAUGGUGCCACGUAAACAGUUUGUUAUCAGUCAGUCGGUUGAUCGGUAUUCGGAACUGAGCUCUCAAACAUGAAACUGUUAGUGUUGUGCGUUUUUGUAAGUGCGGUGGCCGCGGAGGCUCCGUUCACUGGAUAUGCUCCUUCGGGGUGGCGCCCUCAAGGAGCGCAGUUCCGACUUCCAACGGAAUACGGUGCCCCGGCUUCGGAGGGUCAAAAACCGGAAGUGGAAAUAACCAAGGAAAGGGUGGCCAUUGCAGCCCAAAUUGUGGAGGCCCGAACGGAAUAUCCGGUGAACGAAUAUUUGCCUCCAACGACAACGGAAGAGGCCGAACUUGACCCCAUCCGUGUCCAAGGACUGCCAGACAACCAAUUUAAAGACUUCCGCCGAGGCAACCUCCAGAAACCUGUAGCAACAAACCCGGGACGUCGUUUCAAUCAAUCCCAACAGCAGCAGCCACAACAACAACAACAGUUCCGACAACAAGUUCAGCAACAACCAGACCAACAACAGCCACCAACAUUCUUCUUUGCCAACGGUCAGUUGCGAGCGCUCCCAUCAGCCAACGAAUAUCAACAGCCUCAGUUUGGUCGUCUGGAACAAGCUCAACCGGUGAACAGCUACGGACCACCAGAUCAGGACACUUCUUCCGAUGAACCUGCAACGGAACAACCUGAAGACGUUCAGCCGACCACAACUGUCCAGCCAGAAUCUGACGAAAGUUCCCAAGAAGAAGAGGGACAGGACAACGUCAACGUCAACGAUGGCCGAACCGUUCUUGCCGUGGCGAAUUCUUUCUCGGGUCAAUACUACAUCCUUGGGCCAGACAAUACACUCCAGCGGGUGAUGUACGCAACUUCCCAGACCGAUGAAGAUUUACGCGAUAUGGGAUUCACCGCUCAGCUUCGCUACACCCAGGUUGAGCCAAUCCGUGGACCCGUCUAUGCCUACAACGAGCAAGGACAGCUGAUGCGAAUUUUCAAAUGAAGAUUUUAAAAUUCACUGAACACGUUCGUUGGACUGCAAAUCACGUACUCACUCGAUACUACCGGUCAAGUAUAUCGAUGGGUGCACAUUUGUUGACACCAGCCAAACCACCGAACAUAAGCAAUGGAAAAUCCAUCGUCUCCGCAUUAAUCCUUGUUAUUUAUUCCUCGGUUAAUUCUUUCGGAUUGUAAUUUAUUUAUGUAAAGCGUUUUUUUUUCGGCUCCUUUAUCUUUUGUUUUCGAUCGCAAUAAAUUGCUUGUUUUUAUGUCACAUUA